GCCUCGCCGGAAUCAUGGCGACGGGGGCAAUAGAAGACAUGGAGUUCCUGUGGAGGUGGCGCAAGUACCUGCUGCUAUUCGCCAUGCUGGUCGCCAGCGUCACCUACGGGGCUGGGCUGAACCCGCCGGGUGGCGUCAGGUCCGAGGACGGGGGCAACGCUUCAGAGCACCGGACAGACGGCGUCGGUGUCGACCCGCCGCUGCCCCCGCCGCCGCCGGCAGUCUACCCGUUUCUCGUCGGCGACCCGCUGCUGGCGUCAACCUACUCGCGUCAGUACACCGCCUUCUUCUACUGCAACGCCGCGGCUUUCGUGUUGUCCCUGGUGAUCAUUAUGCUCCUGCUCGACCGGCGCCUCAGCCAAAACCGCGUCGGCCUCACCGUGCUCCGCUCCGCCAUGCUGCUCGACCUGCUCGCUCUCAUGGCUGCCUUCGCAGCCGGGAGCUGCUGCGACGUCGUCGCGUCCAUCUACGUCUCGGGGCUCUUCGCCCUCGUCUUCGCCUACGUCGCCCUCCACCUCUGCGUGUCCACCUCCCGCGCGGACAGCCACCUCGAGGAGCAGCGGCGCAGGUACCCGCUGCUGCUCGCCACCUUUGCAACGCCUCUCACGUACAGCGCCGGGCUAACGCCUCCGGGAGGCUUCUGGAGCAAGACCGUGGCUGGGCACCACACUGGCGACCCGCUGCUGCACGACGGGUCCUACAAGAUUGGCUACCAAGCAUUCUUCUACGCCAACGCAAUCUCCUUCGUGGCAUCCCUCGCCAUGGCCAUGAUGGCCAUGAGCCCGACGUUGAGCGGUCGACUCGUCCGAUCCUACGCGUUGCCGGUGUGCAUCCUGGUGGAGCUGCUCGGCCUCAUGGCCGCCUACGCCACCGGGAGCUGCAGAUGGCCCACCUCAACGGUGUACGUCUUCUCCCUUGGCGGCGCUGUGCUCCUAUACAUCGUGCUGCAGAUGGUCGUCGCGACGUGCGCCAUGGAGACGCUCAAGCAAUUGCGUGGAACGGUCUGCCGCAUACUGUCAUGCGCCGACCGGCCAGAAGAAGAAGAAGAAGGAGAAGGAGAAGAAGAAGAAGAAGAAGAAGAAGAAGAAGGAGAAGGAGAAGGAGAAGGGACGUCGCGAUGUAGCAUUGUAGACGGCUACAAUGUGGAGGCAGAGGCUAAGGUGGAUGAGUCGCGGGCACUUCUGCUGCUGCUGGCCACGCUCGCAGCAACGGUGACCUACCAGGCAGGGCUGAGCCCGCCGGGCGGUGUCUGGCCAGAUAACAACGACCAAGGGCAUCCACACCACAUCGCGGGGAACCCGGUUCUCCUCGAUAUGCACCCCAAGAGGUACAAGGCCUUUUACUACUGCAACACGUGGGCGUUUGUGGCGUCGUUGGUCAUCAUUAUCAUCCUCCAGAGCAAGGAGUUGAGCUCGGCCGCCAACAUUAGACGCGCCGCGCUCAAGACAGCCAUGGUGCUGGAGCUGUUCGGGCUCAUGGGUGCCUACGUUGCCGGUGGCUGCCGGGACACCACCACCAGCAUCUAUGUCUUUGUCGUGGCCAUCGCUAUGUUUGUCUACUCUAUCGCCAUGGUCAUGGUGUACACGGCUCAUGGGCAGAGCCGGCUGAUGAAGUGGGUGCACCGCAUGUCGGACAAGCUUGGAGGGGUGUUCCACUUGCACUCCCGUUAUGGCUCCGAGAGUGGCGCACAAGAUGAUAAUCGCCUCGAGAGGAAGCGCCAAUUCUUGCUGCAGCUCUCCAGCCUCGCCGCCACCGUCACGUACCAAAUCGGGCUUAACCCACCUGGCGGGUUCUGGACGGAGAGUGACAGGGACAGAUCAGUCACCGCCGGCGACCCCGUCCUCCUCGACCACUACGUGUUAGCAGGCAGCUGCCGGCAAUUGCGCACCUCCAUCUAUGUCCUUGCGCUCGUGGCCGCGGUGGUCGCCUUCCUCGUCCUGCAUUUCAUAUUACUAGUGUCGGCGGGCCAUUGGUCGUUGCUGCAAUGGCUUCCACAACAGCUGAAGAGGCUGUUCGAGCCGCUGCCCGUACUGCAGUUGGCCAACGAGAACCAAAGGAAUGUGCUCUCCCUCUCCGGCAAGCAACAACACCGAAAACUAAUGCGCUUGAUGGUUCUCGGUGUCCUUGCGGCGACUGUCACGUACCAGUCGGGUCUCACGCCUCCUGGGGGCACGUGGGGCGACGACAAUGAUACCGGGUCGUCAUGGUCCCCAUCGGCGUACCCGCUCAUUGUUGCAGGCAACCCGAUCCUGAUGGACACCAACCCAGAACGGUACCAGGCCUUCUUCUAUUGUAACUCGACAUCAUUCAUGGCCUCCAUCGUUGUCAUCAUGCUGGUGCUGCAGCACGCCGUGAUGCGACGUGGCAUGCCGCUUUGGGUGAUGCAGACCGCUGUGGUGCUGGACCUGCUCGGUUUGCUGGGCGCCUACACUGCUGGCAGCUGCAGGGAUUGGGAGACGUCCGCGUGCGUCAUGGGGCUCAUUGCUGCGGUGGUCGUCUUCAUCACGAUCUACGCGGUGUUGUCUAAAAAGAAAAUAAUAUCAUGGAAGUGCUUGGGAGAAAAUCAUAGUGAUGACGUUCAGUUCAGCCGCAAUGUGUAA